UGAACAGGUUUCGUGAACUUGGCGUUCAGACGUGUACGCAACGUAUUAGAUGAGGUUUAUUUGUGGUGUCUCAGCAAUAUGCUUGUUGUUUUGUUAUUUAUCAACCAUUAAAGGGUUGAGGUUUAAGCUUAAAAACGGUGUAACAAAGUGUAUUCAAGAUGAGGCACACAAAGACGUUAUCGUACAUGGUGAGUAUGAGAUAACUGCUCCCCAUGAACACACAACCCAUAUCAAAGUCCGUGAUGUGAAAAAACAUAUACUGUAUCAGAGAGAUAAUAUAAAAAGCGGGAAAUUCGCAUUCACAACAGAAGACUUUGAUCUAUUUGAGGUGUGCUUCGAAAGUCAGCCAGAUAAUACUGACACGGAACAAGAAGUCUUUCUUAAUAUCAAACACGGUACCGAAGCCAAGGAUUUUGAUAAGAUGGCGAAAGCAGAGAAAUUACAACCAAUCGAAGUGCUACUGAAAAAACUAGAAAGUCUAGCCGAUGAAAUCGUGCAGGAUUUUGUUGUCAUGCAUUCGAAAAGUAGCAAAAUGCGAAACAUCAACGAAUCUACUCAUACAAGGGUUCUCUACUUCUCAAUCCUUUCAAUGGUAAUCCUCAUCGGCUUCGCAUGUUGGCAGGUACUAUAUUUAAGACGUUAUUUCAAGUCGAAGAAGCUGAUUGAGUAAUGUAAAUUGAUUUUUCAUCUUUUAAUAUCUGCAAAAAAAAUCCGUUUUAUUGUACAUGCCUUGCGUCUGGUUCGUUUCUGAAAUAAUAAACUCGUGUGGGAAAACUGUACAAAUCUAGUCUCACAUUGUUCAUCCUUUUGUAUUCGAAGUUGCUUGUCUGAACUGUCGUUUCAUAUGUGUAAGAUGUAUUUCCCUUUAGAUAAUAUAGCGGUAUGUGGCUUUAUAUGUAUUAUCUUUUUUUCGGUCAUUUUCUAAUAAAUGCUUUUAAAGUCC